AUGUCAGUUCAAAUACCAGUUCAAAUGCCGGUUCAAAUACCAGUUCAAAUACCGGUUCAAAUACCAGCUCAAGUGCCAACUCUAAUAACAACACAAAUGCCGGUUCGAAUGCAAGCCCAAAUGCAAACUCAGCAAGUACAAGCUUUGAUUGAUCAAAGUCGAACACAACCGGCUUUACUAAGGAUUUUCUCUUUUAAUGUAAAUUCAUAUGCUCGAGCUUUAUUGCAAAGAAAUAAUAAAAAAUACAUUACUGCUUAUAGUUUGCUCCGAAUGAAAAUUAAAGAUGAAGGUCUUUUAAUAAACAUAACUGAUGGAUUUGUUAUCGGUAAAUCCACAGACAUAAUAUGGGGAGGUUUUACUCCAACUGAAAGAAAUGUAUUCACUACUUAUGCAAGUCAAAUUCGAGCUGCUGUCAGAAAUUGA